CCGAGCAAGAAUGGAAAAGUGCAAUAGAUACUAAAACAUUGAGGAAAGACUUAAACGGUGACAGAGAAAAUACAAGCAAAGCGAGUAUCGAGAAUUUGCGGCAGUUUCUAGAGUCAUCAGUAAAUUAGGUUUCGACUGGGAAAUUGCUCAGGGAAAAGACAGUGUGUGUGCGGCCGUUAUUGGAAAUCAAUGAGAAAGUUUUUAUGCCUCUUACAUUAAAGAGUGAUUCGAAUUGAUGUGCUUUUCGUUCGAUAGAAGAAAUUUAAUAUUUAUGGGAAAAGUGAUGAAUUAGAGGAGCACCAGUGCUGUCGCGACUCUCGAACAGUGAAUUGGAAAACGUCCCAGUGAUCUGACAUUGAGGUGGAUGAUUUGAAGAAUGUGAAAGAGUGAGGAAGAUGUCUCGCUGGAGCAAAAGUGUUAAAUUUGUGUGCCUCCUCCUGUGCGGCGGCUUCACCUUCCUCACAACAACAGCACGUGCCAAACCAACGCUCACCUUUCAGCUGCCGCCCGCGCUCACGAAUCUGCGCCCCUUCACGCACUUCGUGGAGCUGCGAGCGCAGAAUGAGCAGAUGAAGAACUACACUGGCGUCCGGCAGAAGAACGACUCUCUCGUCAUGAUCUACCACCACGAUCUGACGAUUGCGAUCGUCGAAUUGGGACCACAGAAGACGCUGCUGGGCUGCGAAUUGAUAGAAAUUAACAACGAUGACGAAGGCGCCAAAGCGCUCCAAGAGCUGUCCAACGUGAAUCGGCCGCUGCAGAUCAACUUCCGGGAGAUGCUGCGCCUCAUGAUGCAGUGCGAGAUGAUUGAUUACGUGCGGAAAGUGAAACGGAGGUCUGAGAGUGACCAGACGACGAAGCGUCAGCACCAGUCCGGCUACUUCACGGGCGCCGGACUGAGCCUCCUGUCCGGCAUCCUGCCGGGCACCAAGUGGUGCGGCACUGGAGACAUUGCCAACAACUACCACGAUCUCGGCACAGAAGCCUCAAUGGACAUGUGCUGUCGCACUCACGAUCUCUGUCCAGUGAAAGUGCGCGCAUAUCAGAAGCGUUACAAUCUCAACAAUCAAUCCCUCUACACAAAAUCUCACUGUAUAUGCGAUGACAUGCUGUUUGAGUGCCUGAAGAAGACCAACACGUCAACUUCCCAGUUCAUGGCGACCGUGUACUUCAAUGUUGUCCAAGUGCCAUGUCUUCAGGACAGUCAAAGAGGCUUCGAGUUCAGGAAGGCGAGACAGUUUACGUGAAAAUGACUUUGGCUAUUUAUCUAUCGUGAUUAUGAAAGAGGUGCUCCUUCAAAUGAAUUAUUUAUGUUGCAUUGAAA